AUGGAAGGGGGAAGGUGGACAUUCACAAGGGGGGAAAGUAAAUCAGUAGUUGACUAUGGGAUAGUAAAUGCGAGAGCAUGGGAUGAAAUAAGGAGGAUGGAAAUAGGAUAUAGAUUGGAUUCAGACCACCAACCGAUAAUCAUAGAACUGCAAGGAUGGAGAGGAAGGCUGAGUAACAGCGGGAGAGGAAAACAGGAAGUAUGGAGAUGGAUGCAAUGUUGGAGAGAGAAUGACGUGAGAGCGUUCGAGAAGAAGGAAGAAGAACUAAGAUGGGAAGCAUCAGGAGGGGAAGAGAAAUGGAAAGAAUUAAGAAGAGGAAUUGAUUUGUGUUGUGUUAAAAGGAGGGUCAGAAAGGGAGAAAAUGUGGAUAAAGGGUGGUUUGACGAGCAAUGCAGAAGACUAAAAAAGAAGCUGAGAAGGGCAGGCCGAAAGAAAAGAUAUGGUUACUCUACAGCAAGGUACCGAGAUCUGAAGAAAAGGAAGAAAAAGAGGUGGGAAGAGAAAGUGGAGAAGGAACUAGGGAAGAUUAAGUAUGAAAAUCAGGCGUGGGAGUUUACAAGGAAAGACUGGAAGAAAAGGGAUAAUAUAACGGAUGCGUUUGGAAUUGAGGAAUGGAAGGAGCAUUUUAUGGAAGAAUUGGGGAAAAGGGAAUACAAACCGGGGGGUCUAUUGUAG